GCGUCAGCGUCAACACACACACGCGCUGUUGUUGUGAUUGACAGACAGGAGAGGAGUCAUGUUGAACUUUCGGUUUGCUUUUCAGCCGUCACAAAUGCUUUUAAGUAAUUAAACAACGAUGUCCGAAAUACUGAUGAAAGAAAUGGAGAGCAUCACGAUCGGUCCAAUGAAGGCAGAGGAGUGUCCAGACGGUGCUCGGAGCUUCCUGCUGGUGGAUGAACAGGAAAACCUGCAGGUCCGCGAUGAGUCUGAGUUUGUGGACAGACUCGGCUGUGGGGACGUGGCAGGAGUCAAGGUCCUCUCCAUCUUUGGCAACACCGGUGAUGGCAAGUCCCACACUCUCAACCACAUCCUAUUCGGUGCUGAGAGUAUAUUCUACACCUCCAAGUCCCCCAGCUCCUGUACGGUGGGAGUGUGGGCUGCGUAUGACCCCACCCUCUGCCUGGUCGCCCUGGAUACUGAGGGUCUGUUGGGGGCCGCAGCCAAUCAGAACCAGAGAAUGCGGCUGCUGCUAAAGGUAUUGGCAGUGUCUGAUAUAGUAGUCUAUCGUACACGGGCAGAACGCCUCCACAACGACAUGUUCCAGUUCCUGAGCAACGCCUCGGGAGCCUACCUGAAGCACUUCACCCCAGAGCUCCGGGCCCUCUCGAGCCGCUGUGGUCUGGACGUGCCGCUCUCUUCUCUUGGGCCUGCCGUUAUCGUCUUCCAGGAGACAACGCACACCCAGUUGCUUGGUCAUGAUGCUAAAGUGGCCGGCCACGCCGACACGCUGCUCCAGAAGCGUUUUCACGACCUGGGUUUGGGGACAGAGGCCUUCAGCUCAGUGCAGUAUGUCGGCACCCAGACCGUCACGCCUCCCACUGACUACAACAGGCUGCUGGAGGCCGUCAGGCAACAAGUGAAGAACACUCACACGCGCUCCCCCCGCCAGCCUGGGAUAGUGUUUCACGCUCUGGAGGCCCUGAGUGAGCGUUUCUGUGGAGAACUGUCAGACGACAAGAUGAUUCCGUACUCCUUCUUCCCAGAUGAGUACUUCACCUGCUCCGCUGUCUGCCUCAGCUGCAACAUUCGCUGUAAAAAUGGAAUGAACCAUCUGAGAGACAGAGUCCCCCACAUAGCAGAUGGACUGUGCCAGUAUGUGCACCAUUACAACAACAAGGUCCUUAUCUGUAAGAGGUGCUAUGAAGGAGGCAGAGAGGUGAUUGUGUUGCCCAAGACGUCAGCUUCCUCUGACAACCCGUGGUUUGGACUGGCCAAGUACGCCUGGUCAGGCUAUGUGUUGGAGUGUGCUAGCUGUGGUGUAAUCUACCGCAGCAGACAGUACUGGGUGGGAAACCAGGACCCUGAGAGUGGCGUGGUGCGAUCUGAGGUCAAGCAUGUCUGGGAGGGGUCGGACACCUUUCUGACCAACCACCAGAACGCUGCCCAGAGGGUCCUGGAUGGGAUGAACUACGUGAUCCAGUCAGUGUCAGAGUACAGCACCGGGCCCACCAAAGCUGUUGCCGCCUGGGUCACUGACCAGGUGGCACCGCCAUACUGGAGACCCAACACCGAGAUCACUGCCUGUCAUGGCUGUCGGAAGGUGUUUGAGGAGGCGGAGAGGAAGCAUCACUGCCGAUCAUGUGGCGAGGGUUUCUGCCACCCCUGCUCCAGCCACAGGAUGCCGGUGCCAGAGAGAGGCUGGGGCAGUGGCCCGGUUAGGGUGUGUAUGGCCUGCUACCGACAGGGUGGACCACCUGAUACUAACAGUCAGGUGUGUAAGGUGGAGCCUCGUGGUCUGAUAGCCCGCAGAGUGACGGAGGUGGCCCAGUCUACACUGGACCUGGUCACCACGGCUGUGGACUACCCUCUCUGUUUUAUGAAAGAUGUGGCUCGGCCGGACUACUGGGUGCCAGAUCAGGACAUCACCCAGUGCCACCAGUGCUCCAAAAACUUCACUCCGGCAAUGUCCAAGCACCACUGCAGGGCCUGUGGAGAGGGCGUGUGCGGCCCCUGCUCCACACGCAUCAAGCCUGUGCCCUCCCGAGGCUGGGACCACCCGGUCAGAGUGUGUGACAGCUGCCACGCCCGCACGGAUAAUCUGUGAGCUUUCUGAACCGGGAGAACUUACUCAGACGAUCUACAAAAACACUGUGAAUUGUGGAACUGCUGCUUAAUUACGCAGCACUAAAUGGCAGAAGUGGAAUCAGCCUUGUUCUGUUGCGUGAAAAGAUGGGCUGUUCUGAAGCUUAAAAUGGUCCCCACCCGGCUACCAGGCCUUGUAAUUAUCAGUGCUGACCUGGGAUCAGCUUUCCAUCUCAUCUGCCUUCCUUUACCAACUGAUUCUGCAGCGGUUAUGAAAUAAAACUCAACAUUGAUCACCUUCUCUACAGCUAGUUGUAAAGUCAAGUUUAAUCUUGGACACCUGUCUGUUUCAAAGAGAGCUCAACAACUUGCAUCGUCUCUGCAAAGACAAGUAGAGAUUGUGUGAGGUGAUCUUUGUUUUUAUCCUUCUCCCGAUCUUCCUCUACAUCAUCUCUCUCUGGGGUAUGAACAUGAUGGACGGAGAGGAAAAACACAAAGCAGUAAAGACUUUUAGAAAAGUUUUGUGUUUGUGAAUACUCUGGACAGAAAGAGAUGCACGAUGGAGAAACACGAGCUACAGCAUUGUGUGCCUUCUUGGGAAUCUUAAUUCCCAUUUCUAUAGCCCCUAAGGUUUGUUUUAGGGGAUUCCUCCAUAUGUGCAAGGAGUAAUGAGAUUAUUUGUGCCUAUUUACAGAGCAGUGUAAUCUACAGCCUCGCUCUUCUAACUCUUACAAUUGCAUUACAAUAGGGUGAACAUCUGUAGCACAACACAUUAUAGACAUUCCAAUGUAUGGACAUACCUGUUUACUGAUGUAGAUUGACCUUUCGGAGGUCGUUAUAAAAAGAAGGCUCUCUCUUACGCCACUGAUGCUUCAGAAAGUCCUCGUAAUAUAAUGAAUGCACCUGCACUAGACUGGACAAUGGAGUUGUUUUGAUAUUUGAAGAGGUGAUAAAUCACUUGCAAUGUAGAUGGAAUAAUAAUACUCUCUGUCAAAGGGACUUUGUCUGUUUAACAUACUGGAUGAAUGAAUGCAAUUUCUCUGUCUAGAAAUAAUCAAUUCAAUUGUAAAGAUGUUUUCCAGUAAAAUCUGGAAAUUGACUAUCUUGGAUUUCUUUUUUCUUAAAUCAGGCUCGUCCAAAUAAAGAAAACAAAGGAAGACUUUGUGUCUCUACGAAUGUU